UGUGUGCUGCCUGUACCUGUUGGGUCUCUGGGAGCACAAGGGAGCCAGCUCAUCAUCAGCCUCUCCAUGUCUCCAACAGAAGCAUGCCCGAGGCCAGGUCCUCUUCGACUUGGUGUGUGAGCACCUCAACCUCCUGGAGAAGGACUACUUCGGCCUCACCUUCUGCGACUCAGACAGCCAGAAGAACUGGCUGGACCCCUCCAAGGAGAUCAAGAAGCAGAUCCGCAGUGGACCCUGGAACUUUGCCUUCACUGUGAAGUUUUACCCUCCAGACCCUGCGCAGCUCACAGAGGACAUCACAAGAUACUACCUGUGCCUGCAGCUCCGUGCGGACAUCAUCACGGGGCGCCUGCCCUGCUCCUUUGUCACACAUGCUCUGCUGGGCUCCUACGCUGUGCAGGCUGAGCUGGGCGACUAUGACGCUGAGGAGCACAUGGGCAACUAUGUCAGCGAGCUCCGCUUCGCCCCCAACCAGACGCGGGAGCUGGAGGAGCGCAUCAUGGAGCUGCACAAGACGUACCGGGGAAUGACCCCUGGGGAAGCAGAGAUCCACUUCCUGGAGAACGCCAAGAAGCUCUCUAUGUACGGGGUGGACCUGCACCACGCCAAGGACUCAGAGGGCAUCGACAUCAUGCUGGGCGUCUGUGCCAACGGCCUCCUCAUCUACAGGGACCGGCUGCGGAUCAACCGCUUCGCCUGGCCCAAGAUCCUCAAAAUUUCGUAUAAGAGGAGCAACUUCUACAUCAAGAUCCGCCCGGGUGAGUACGAACAAUUUGAGAGCACCAUUGGCUUCAAGCUGCCCAACCACCGCUCUGCCAAGCGACUCUGGAAGGUCUGCAUAGAGCAUCACACUUUCUUCAGGCUGGUGUCCCCAGAGCCACCCCCCAAGGGAUUCCUGGUGAUGGGCUCCAAGUUUCGCUACAGCGGGCGGACACAGGCGCAGACACGGCAGGCCAGCGCCCUCAUUGACCGCCCGGCUCCCUUCUUUGAGCGCUCUUCCAGCAAACGGUACACCAUGUCUCGCAGCCUUGAUGGAGAGUUCUCGCGCCCAGCCUCUGUCAGCGAGAACCAUGACGCCGGUGCAGAGGGUGAGAAGCAGGAUGAGGAUGGUGAGUUUGGCAGCAGGAGACGGUCCGAGACGCCGGAGCACGAAACAACCCCCAGGCACAAGCAGGAGUUUUUAGACAAGCCGGAAGAUGUUCUACUGAAGCAUCAGGCCAGCAUCAAUGAGCUGAAACGGACCCUGAAGGAGCCCAACAGCAAGCUGGUUCACAGGGACCGGGACAGGAGGCUGCCUUCCUCACCAGCCUCUUCCUCACCCAAGCAUGAGGAUGAAACACCGAAGGGGACCCCAGAAAAGGCUAGUGAGAGAGCGGGCUUGAGGGAGGGCACCGAGGAGAAAGCUAAACCACCUCGGCACAGGGCUCCCGAGAGUGACACUGGCGAUGAGGAGCAGGACCAGGAGAAGGACUCGGUCUUUCUGAAGGACAACCACCUGGCCAUUGAGCGCAAGUGCUCCAGCAUCACAGUCAGUUCAACCUCCAGCCUUGAAGCAGAGGUGGACUUCACGGUGAUCGGUGACUUCCACGGCACAGCCUUUGAGGACAUCUCCCGGAGCUUGCCUGAGCUGGACAAGGACAAGAGUGAAAUGGAAGACGUAGGCCUGGUUUCCUUCCAGCACGUUGACAAAGUAGCUACUGGACUGGAAGAGGGUGUCAAAGGCGGUGAGAAGGUCUCUCAGCUCAGCCCAGAUGUCUCCCAGCUAGAGUCCUCAGCCCUGAAAACAGAUGCUGUGACCAUUGGCCUUGGGCUGGGCAUGAAGAAGCCUGAAGCAGAUGGCUCCACUCCCCACCAGGUCGGCAGCACAGACACAGCCCAGGUGGAAGGAGGCACCCUGGGCAGCAGGGACACCACGGCCACUGCUCAUGCUGGCACCGCAGAGACUGCACUGGCGACCUCAGAUCACAGCACCAAGGCUGGGAAAGGGGCCGUUCCUGCAACAGACCUUCGCUCCCUCUCACCGAUCACCAGCGGCUCCACUGGGAAGGAAGUGCUUGCCAGCAUAUUCAGUGCCACUGCAGAAACCCUCUCCACUUCUACCACUACCCAUGUUACCAAGACUGUGAAAGGAGGGUUUUCUGAGACCCGGAUAGAGAAGCGCAUAAUUAUCACAGGAGACGAAGACGUGGACCAGGACCAGGCACUGGCUUUAGCAAUCAAAGAGGCAAAACUACAGCAUCCUGACAUGCUGGUAACCAAAGCUGUGGUGUACAGAGAAACAGAACCUUCUCCAGAGGAAAGGGACAAGAAACCUCAGGUAGGUGAAAUUACCAGGUAUGAUUUAUGCCUGCUGU